AUGCAUUCCCUUGCAACAUCACUUAUCUCUCUAUCCCUGCUAUCAGGCACAAUCCACGCCCAAAGUAUUGCCCGUGUCUGGACACACUUCUACCCAAACUGCCCCGGCGAGGCAUUUAGCAAGCUCGACACAUACGAAAACUACCAAGAAUCUGCCCCAUCCCAAGAUAUCACCGAGGGCAGCUGCAAAAACUUCGCCGUCCCCUCAUACGAGCGCAAUCUCGUUAGCGCCAUCUCCGUCGAUUCAGAGCUCCUCUCCCACAGCCACGACCUCCCCUUUCUAGAAGGUGGCAGCGGCUGCAACAUCACCGUCCACGAGGUCCCAGGGUGUAUCGACCCGCCCUUAAUCACCAAAGAGAUUCGAGACGGCGUUGAAGUUAGUCAGUGCGAGCCGCGCAAAUUUGUCGCUUACACCCAGGUCUGGGUGGACCUUGUUUGCGACAGCAACAGUCCUUUCCACGAUGAGAAUAUUCCUACGUCGGAGACAAAUGAGAACAAGCAAGCAGAUACCAAGCAGUCCAUGCCUACUGCUGAGCCCGAUACGCCUGUGCACACUGAGAAACAGACUUCCGUCGAAGAUAUUAAUAAUAUCCAGACGCCUGGGUCAGAAUCAGAUUCCUGGCGUCCGUCCCAGGUUGCGCAGACCCAGCGUGAGCCGGUGCAGGAGGGACGUGUUAAUGAUGCAGGCCAUGCGCAGAGCGAGCAGAUGGUUCAUCAGAUGAUGGAGUUGUUGAAGAAUAGGACCUCGCAUAAUGUCACUGGCAACUAUCAGUCUGCACACUCAAAUGUUACGCUGCAUAUCAAUGGCACCACCGCGGGUAAUCACACUGCGACAUCACGUCGACGUUUGUCUGUUUUGCGAAACAAGGCUCCUCAUUUUGUUUAG